UCCUUUCCCUGAAGAUCUCAGAUCUAAGUCAUAAUAUUAUUCAGCCUAAGGCUAAAGCUGUGUCUUUCUUUUAGCUUCAUCACUAUGAAUGUAUAUAUAUGUAGGGUUCAGACGAUGUAAAUGCAGAGGUAUAUAUCGCAUACUGCACGCACAAACUCUCUACGUACCUUAAGCUCAGCUACCACCUACGUACAUCAUCAUCAUCAUCCUCAUCUUAUUAAAAGUCAUCAAAUUAAGAAUAGCGACCAUGGCAAUCGCAUGUCCAAACUUUGAAGCUCUGAAAGACCUGCAUAACUCUGCAAAUAACCUUCUCUACUCACCCAUGAUCCAACAAGCACUCGUCCACGACAGACAGGAGAAAUGGGUUCAUCAAGUCUCAGAAGCAUCUCUGCGAAUGUUGGAUGUGUGUGGCAUUUCCAAAGACGUUCUUUUAAUGGUAAAAGAGCAUCUCCAAGACCUUCAAUACAUGUUGCGCAGAGUAAGCAGCGACCAAGAAGCGGACAUUGAUAACAAAAUGGGAGCUUACAAUUGCUACAGGAAGAAGCUCAAGCAAGAGACGCUCAAGUGCUUGAAUUCUUUCAAAGGGAUCAAAAAGAACAAGUCGUCCAUGUGUAUCUGUACUUCACAACCACUGCUAGAGUCCUCCCCCAUAUACAUGGACCACAACCUUAGGGUGGUGGUAGAUGUGCUGAGACAAGUGAGGGUGACCGCCGUUUCCAUCGUGGAGACUCUCUUGUCCCUAAUUUCCAUACCUUGGCUCGACCGGAAAUCAGCUACUAAUACUACCAAAUCCAAAUUCAUCAAGGCCAAGUUCAUGCGUCCACGUUGGAGUUGGCGAAACAGACAAAGAGUGUAUGGCAUAUGCGACGCCACGGCGCUUCAAAGUGCCAGCAAAAGAUUGGACGCUGUAGAGAUUGCCAUUCAAGAUCUUGAAUCUGAGUUAGACUGCAUGUUUAGGCGUUUGAUCCACACCAGAGUUGCGCUUCUCAAUAUACUUACCACCACCAGCUAGCCAGCCUCCUCUCCUCCUCCUCCUAGAGUCCUAGGCCUAGCUAACCUACCUACUGCUAUAAACCCAAUUCUUCUCUUUUUGGUUUUGUUUUUUUUUACUUAAAUAUGUUAACAAAUUCUUUGAUUCUUUACAAUAG